CUAAGCUAAGCUGCACGGCUCGGUCGGUAAUGCAUGUGCCCUUGUCUCCUGUCAUCAUCCUAGUAAACCAGUUACACAAGUCGGUAAGUCCGCUCUUCUGGGAGCCGGGAGCGGAGUCACCACGGCUGAGGCACGGAGGGAGAGACUAGAAACUCCUGUCAGCUGCCGCCAAGGCUUUGUGGUGCCAUGAUGAUGGAAGUCGUGGAAGCUAUCCUGUUGCUGUUGCUGCUUUUCUUCGCACCACAUGCAAAGGGAACGCGCUUCAGCCCGCCAGGGAAGCCCGAGCUGACCAGAUGUCGUUCACCUGAAAAAGAGACCUUCACCUGCUGGUGGAAGCCAGGCUCCGAUGGGGGACUGUCCACCACUUACGCCUUGUACUAUCGCAAAGAAAACUCUGAGACAGUGUACGAGUGUCCCGACUACCACACAGCCGGGGAGAACUCCUGCUUCUUUAACAAGAAUGACACGUCCAUCUGGGUCAACUACAACAUCACUGUGGUGGCCACCAACGCACUGGGCAGCAACUUCUCCGACCCCGUGGAUAUAGACGUGGUCUACAUUGUCAAGCCUAAUCCCCCAGAGAUGGUGACUGUCACUGUAAUGGAGGACAAGGGCUGGCCCUUCCUCCGGGUGUCAUGGGAACCACCACAUAAGGCUGACACCCGCUCCGGUUGGAUCACUCUCAUCUACGAGCUCCGUGUGACGUUGGAGGGAGAAGAUGACUGGGAGAUGCACCUUGCAGGCCAACAGAAGUUGUUUAACGUUUUCAGUCUGCGGUCAGGUGGUAGAUACCACGUCCAGGUGCGCUGUAAACCUGAUCAUGGCUUUUGGAGUGAAUGGAGUUCCACCUCCGAAAUCAAAGUUCCUGACUAUUUCCAUCGAGAGAAAUCAGUGUGGAUCCUCAUUACAGUCUUUUCUGCCUUCAUCUUCCUCAUCCUCACAUGGUUGCUACACAUGAACAGCCACAGUCUGAAGCACUGUAUUCUGCCACCGGUCCCUGGUCCUAAAAUCAAAGGAUUUGAUAAGCAGCUUCUCAAGAAUGGCAAGUCUGAGGAGAUCUUCAGUGCACUGGUGGUGUCUGAUUUCCCCCCAACUACGUCAUCCAAUUAUGAGGACUUGCUUGUGGAGUACUUAGAGGUGUAUGUACCCCAAGAGCAGGAGCUGAUGCUGGCAGAAAGCAAGGACCUACUUGAUAGUUGCCUCAAAUCUGAGGGCUCCACGUCAGACAAUGACUCCGGCCGGGUCAGCUGCGACAGCCACACUCUGCUGAUGGAUAAAUGUGGCGAAGCAAAAGAAGAAGAGAGGCAAACAGAUCAGGAAGACAGUACGUCAGAAACGAAGUCACAAAGGCGCCGGAGAGACUGGGACGAGGACACGUUGACCUAUGCCCAUGAAGACAUGGUUAGCCCUGGCAAGUCCAGUGGAAGGGUGAAGACCUGGCCUUCUGUGUUUUCUCCACUGCCUCAGUACAGCUCAAGCCUUCCAGACCAAAUGAGCUCACUUGAGAUGGCCAAACAGCACUGCCACUCCGACAGCCUGUUCUCCCCAGGCUCCACUUCCUCCUACCUCACCCAACCUGGCCAGAGCACCAAGGAGGCUCUCGGACCAAGCUACUGGGAGUUCUCCUUUAGCAACAAGCAACCUCAUUCACUCCUUCCCCAAACGCAACCCUGCCGGCAGCUCCAGGCCCACAGUGAUGUCAACAUCUCCAGCAUCGGCCGCAAACAGGCACCUGCUGGUCUGGAAUCGCCUGCUCUCCGGCCCACUGGCUAUGUCGAAGUCCAGAGGGUCAACGAGGAGGACAUGGUGCUUCUCCAGCCCGUUGUGUCGGACCAUGGCUAUGGGGAAGGCUACCGCCAGAUGCGCCAACAGGAGAACUACAGCAGGGUGAAGGGGGUGGACAGUGGCAACAUGCUGCUGCUCCAAAGAGAGGUGAUGAAAGAGGAGGUGUGCAGGUGCCCUUGUGAGGACCAGGAGACUAAUGGAACAACAGAGACCUGCCACACAUCGUCCAUCAGUACCACUACCCACAAGCCUACAGCCCUCUUUCACACUGCCACGCCGAUCCAGGACGAAAUGGCCCUGGCAGCGAGUGGUUAUGUUGACACUGCCACCGUGUUCACACUGCCUACUUACUAGGUGCUCCAUAAGCCCAGCUGGCAGGUCUAGGACAUUACAAGACCUGUUUUAAGCAGGGACUUAAACCAAAAACAAAAACACUAACACUGGCAAUGAAUGACUCCUUCAAAAAAUGGCUGCAAACACAAAAUUUUACUGUCACAGAAUUACUGUUAUUUAUUUUUCCUCUCAUGUAAGAGAUGACUUGUUUAGAGACUCUCUGAUUUUUGAGAAUCCCAAAGUAUGUGAAUAAUAAUCGUCAUUCAACUUUAUAAAGAAUAUGAUUGAUUGUAAAAAUUAUGUGGUACUACAUGCUGUCAUUAUGAGUAAUUUUAUGUCUGUCACAAAUCUUUUACUCAAUCACAGGCACAUGUUUUCAUGUCAUGAACUUUUUUAAUAUAUUUCAUGAGAUUUUCUGAUGUAUACUGGUGUAAUGUUCAUAUCUGUUCAAAUUAUUUGUGUAAAAUCAAAAUUGCAGGAAGCUCAAACAGAUGUUUUUAUUUUUGUUUCCGUUUUUGUAUGUGCAAAUUUCCUCUGCUCCCUGUGGAACACUACGUCUUAAAGCUGCUUCUGGAUCCCACACAGAGAUAUAUAUAUAUAUAUAUAUAUAUAUAAAUGUAUAUAUUUUGAGAUUUUGUGUCAAGAAGAAGAAAACCGAACUGGAAUGUAUUGCUUAAUUUUUCAUUCAGAGACUAUUUUGUGUAUACAUUUAUUACUGCUUUAAUCGGUUAAGUGGUAAAUUUGAAAAAAAAAGUUAUUUCUACAAAAAUGUUUAGUUUUUGGUUUUUUUGGAUGGGAAAAUAGUAUCAUGAUACUUGGUUGGCCAUGUACAGCACUAACCUUAAGUGACUCCAUCUCUGUUGUUGAACAGUGAUAAAUAUCUGUGUGUGUAUAUGUAUCUAUGUAUAGUUUUGUAAACAGUCAACCAGCCACACACAAAAUGCAAUUUGAAACAGCACUCAAAUCUUUUUGGACAGAUUGCUGUAAGAAUCAUGCUUGUAAUA